ACCGAACUUGCUGCUGUGACUUCCGAGUCCGGAGGUGGUGUUUGGGCUCUAAUGUUUACACCGGAAUUACCACGAAAGUUUCAAAUCUAAAAACCAACGAAGUUUAUACAACAGAAACGUACACUCGUAAGUGCAAAGAUGGAAAUAAAAUGCGGACACCGUUACAAGAAUGUGAAUGAUUACCUCGGAGGACAGUAACCUACAGACAGAUCUGUUUAUACCUUGCCCUCGUGAUUAUUCAAGAUGUCAGGUGGGAACCUCUUCAGCAAGGUGCGGUCCGCCUUCAGGAGGGAGCAGAGCGACUGGGACCUGAGCGACACGGCGCCUUUUGACUUGAACGAUGAGCUGGUGGAGGAUGAGACGCCCAAAUUUAACAAGCUGAAGGUGGUGGUGUCCGGAGAGAUGUCGGACUACUCUGCCGGAGCUCCGUCCAACGGGGUAGCUGUGAACACGCUGGUGGUGGCUGAUGAUGAUGAUGACUCCAUGCUCGACUCCUCUUCGAGCCUGGGCAGCCCAGGGUUAAAUAUGGACCCCUGUGACUCCUGCACCAAGAAGAGGGAGAGGAUCAAGCACAGGAGGGUGAUGAAGAGGCUUGUCUUUGCAGCUGUGCUGUAUUUAGUUUUCAUGACAGGUGAAAUUAUAGGUGGUUAUAUGUCAAACAGCUUAGCCAUUAUGACUGACGCUGUGCACAUGCUAGCAGACGUGGUGGGCAUUUUGUUUUCCCUGCUGGCCCUCUGGCUCUCCACCAAGCCACCCACUAAGAGAUUCACUUUUGGACUGCAUCGCCUCGAGGUGGUAUCGGCAGUCCUCAGCGUGGUGCUCAUCUACAUUCUGACGGCCGCGCUUCUCUAUGAGGCGGUUCAGAGGACGGUUCACCAAGAUUUCAACAUAGACGGAGAUGUCAUGCUCAUCACUGCAGCUGUGGGGGUGGCUGUCAACCUUGUAAUGGGUUUCUUAUUAAACCAAGGUGGUCACCUGCACUCUCAUGGCCAUGGCCAUGGUCAUUCUCACGGCCCUGUAGCUGCCUCAGCUUCGCAGUCAACAGGGUCAGGUCACCAGCAGAGGCCACAUGGCAGCCUGGCUGUCAGAGCAGCCUUCAUCCAUGCUUUGGGAGACCUCCUCCAGAGUGUCGGGGUGCUCAUAGCUGCCUACAUUGUCCGCUUCAAGCCGGAGUUGAAGUUGGCAGACCCCAUCUGUACAUAUAUCUUCUCUGUUCUGGUUCUGUUCACCACAUGCCGCAUCAUGCGAGACACAGUAUUCAUUGUACUGGAGGGUGUUCCCAGGCACCUGGACUCUCAGCGGAUCAAAGACGACCUCCUGAAGCUGGAGGACGUCCAGUCAGUCGAUGAGCUGAAUGUCUGGGCACUGACCACUGACAAGACCGCAGCACUAGUGCAUCUCCAGCUCACGCCCUCUAGUGCCAAUAACUGGGAGGACGUCCAGGCGAAGGCCCGUCACCUGUUGCUUCACACAUACGGUCUCACCAGGUGCACAGUGCAGGUGCAGACUCACAGGCAGAGGCCGGUGCGCAGUUGUGCAAACUGCCAGCAGCCCAGCGCCUAAAGAGAGACUCACGCUCACAUUGACUUCCACAGUGCAUUUUAUGGAGCCAGACAACAGAGAAUAUAGUAAACAGAGGGUUUGGAUGGAUGUCGCACCGCUGUCUCAGCUCGAUGCCAUAGCAGGAGCCACAGUAUACGGUGUGUAAGUGGAAAAAGACUAGUGCCAAAGGACAGUCGGUGGAACAAAGGCAGAUGACAUCUCUAAUUAAAGGAUCACCACAGCCUCCGGGGACCGUUUGCUGUUAUGCUUGCAAAGCUUUCGGUGCGGAGGUUGAAUGCUUCAGCUGAAAAGAAUGGAAAAAAACUUGCUCUUAAUUCACCAUUAAAGCCUAUUCCAGCAGGUAACCUUUUUGUAUUUUACUGUUUGAUUUGUCACAACUGAUGUUUUGUCAUCAGAUGUAAAUUUAACUUUUUGUUACUGGAAGUGAGGACUGUAUACUAAGAUUUUAUUAUUUUACUAAGGAUGUCAGCAAAAGAAAAGGUACCUCAUGUCAUUUGAUAAUAACUGUGGUCACAGUGCAUAUAAGCUGUAUUCCUCACCACUGGCAAAAAACCUUUAUCAUUGUGACCCUUUAGUAGACUUAACAUUUCAUCAGAUGCACUUAAUGUUUAAUAUUCCUCAGCCAAAGUCUGUUGCAAGGCAGAUGUUUUAAAACACAACAACCUUAGUUAUUCUUAAAGUAGUCUACAUUGGCUGUACUGACCAAUAAUUAAAAUAACUUGACAUUUUUGACACUGAUAUUUUAUUCUAGCACGUCUCUUAAUUCAUUGUGCAGAGCAGGCAACUGACAAUCAAAGUGUGACUGACUUUGAACUAUGGUAAAUGCUACAGUGGUUGAACCGACGUGGUUUCACUCUAUAUUCAGCUUUUUUUCAUAUCAUUGACUGACAGUGUAGUAAUGCUGACGGGUUUGGGAAAUCUUCAGUAUUUCAAAGUUGCAGUGUUUUGAGGGAAGGAGGUAUGAACUGAAAUGUGCCAAUAAUGGUGUUUAUAGUAUUUUCGCUGUCAAGUGUUGAGAGGCUGUUGAGGGGUUUAUUGAAAACCUUUCCAUGUCUCUGAUAUUAAUCACCAAGGAAAAUCAGGAACUGGAUCACUGUAUUUGUUUGUAUUAAAGUAUUUAAACUUU